UUCUAGUUUUCGUGGCAUUAUUCCUCUAUCAGAGACAAUUCGACAUAGUUGUUUUGCUUUAUAAGUGGCCAUUCAGGUUUUCGUGGCAUUAUUCCUCUAUCAGAGACAAUUCGACAUAGUUGUUUUGCUUUAUAAGUGGCCAUUCAGGUUUUCGUGGCAUUAUUCCUCUAUCAGAGACAAUUCGACAUAGUUGUUUUGCUUUAUAAGUGGCCAUUCAGGUUUUCGUGGCAUUAUUCCUCUAUCAGAGACAAUUCGACAUAGUUGUUUUGCUUUAUAAGUGGCCAUUCAGGUUUUCGUGGCAUUAUUCCUCUAUCAGAGACAAUUCGACAUAGUUGUUUUGCUUUAUAAGUGGCCAUUCAGGUUUUCGUGGCAUUAUUCCUCUAUCAGAGACAAUUCGACAUAGUUGUUUUGCUUUAUAAGUGGCCAUUCAGGUUUUCGUGGCAUUAUUCCUCUAUCAGAGACAAUUCGACAUAGUUGUUUUGCUUUAUAAGUGGCCAUUCAGGUUUUCGUGGCAUUAUUCCUCUAUCAGAGACAAUUCGACAUAGUUGUUUUGCUUUAUAAGUGGCCAUUCAGGUUUUCGUGGCAUUAUUCCUCUAUCAGAGACAAUUCGACAUAGUUGUGUUGCUUUAUAAGUGGCCAUUCAGGGUUUUCUCAUGAAAAAUUAAAAAUUUACAAAAGUGGAGAGAUACAACAGCAAAAAAUAUAUAAAAAAUUUACAACAGUAAAAACAUUAAAAAAUCAACACAGCAAAAAGCGAAUCAACUCAUGAUGAACGACACAUCAGUUUUCGUACAACUUCCACCAAAUAUACAAUAUCUAUCUGUUUGUCACUAUAUUACAACUCUCGGAAUUAUCUUUUACAACGAAAGCCUCAUUACAUUAAAUCAGCGAAAUCAGUCUGUUCCUGUACUAAAUACUUAUUUUAAAUACCUCAAUAAUUCCAACAAUGAAACCGAAACAAAACUCCAGCUUCUACAAACAAUAUUAAAAGGAACCGAUCUCUACGGUGGUGGCGAAAAUGAAACACUCGAUACAAAAUACGUAGAUGAAACAUAUCAGUACAUCAUCAACAAUGCUCUAUUUUCACACUAUGGUAAUAUUAACGGAUAUUUAGCAAAAAUAAUCAACAAGGCAGAUAAUACAUCUUAUUCCACGUUGAUGAAAACUAUAAAGCAGGAACUCUUUAACAAUUACACAAGUAUAGAUUACUGUUCAAAAACAAACAAAAGCCCGAAACUUAAUUUUUUGUCAGCUAAAACAAUUUUUUUUGAAUAUAUUCUGCCAAUAUUUCCCGAACCAGAAAUUAAAGAUAUGAACAUAAUGGAUGUGGAUUAUCUAUACGCAAUGGCUGGUUUAAAAAUUGUCAGAUCUAUACUUGGAGAAAAAAUAAACGUUUCGUUUGAUAAUUAUAUUUCAAUAUCACGAGAGAUUGAUUUUCAGGCGUCUUAUGGUAACGAAUCUUAUGAAAUGGUGUUUAAUCUUUUUUCAACACCGGCAUUAUUUUUUUACGCCACUGAGGAAAAAGAAGCAUUCAGAGAAAAAAAUCAAACUUUAUUAAAUGCAGAAGUUCGAAAUGAAGCUUAUGAUAUUUUGUUUUCACAUAUUAAUAUAACAAUAAAUGAAAGUAUAAAUCGAACCUUAAAUAACAAUCUUUUUUACAGAUUUCGCAAGGAAAAGAAAGAUUUAAAAUAUCGUCCAUUUAUUGCCACAAAUAUACUUGAAAAACAUUGUAACAAUUCUCAUUAUAAAAAUAAUUUACCUCAAGCUGUGAAUAAUUAUAUGUCAUACAAUCAUUACAUUGAAGGAUUGGCUCUUUCCCUUCGUUGUUAUCUAGACAAUCUUCCCAAUUUGGAAAAUGUCUAUAGGAAACAGUUUGAAAAUGUAGGAAACACAUAUUAUGAAAUUGAAAAGAUUUUGAUAAGAAAAGUUUUAAACGAUAAUCAUUUGAUAGAAAUAUUAAACAGAAGAAGUACUGUUAGUCUUGCACGAGUUCCAGAUUAUCCAAUGUACAUGACGAACAUACCACCUAUGGCAAUAAAGAUAAACCCCAACGUAACCCUAAUGUUUGCAAUUAAAAGAAGAGAAAAAACAAAUUUUUACGCAUUUAUAUAUAACGAUACAUUACCGACAUUACUCGUAAGAAGUAAUAACGAACAAGAAUUUGGUAAAUUAAUUGCAAAUGAUCCAAAUGCACAAAUGGAAUUAAAUAUAGUUCAAAAUGAUCUUAAAUCUGCUCAUGAAGAUAGCGAAGUAUUUAUUGAAAGGUUUGCCAACGUAAGAAAAGCAAACUUUUUAAAAAACCUAAUGCAUCAAUAUAGAAAUGAAACUACAAAAGAAAAGGUUUUUAAUUUUUUAAAAGCAUUUAUACCUUUUUAUAGUUGUAUUGAAAGCAUACAAGAGAAUGACAAAGUUGGAGCCGCAUUAGGCUGUACUUCAGAUAUUGUUUCAUUGAUUUCUUUAGAAAGUUUUUUUGGAAAAUACGCAACUAAAAUAACCAACAACUUAGUAAUUGGAUUAAGCGAAAAAUAUGUAAUUAAAAGUAGUUUAUCAAGAAUAGCAAGUGCCACUAAAUCAACUACAUUCUAUCAAAUUUCAAAAGCGCUGGCUAGAACCGUUUCGCAGGAAAUUCUUACCAAGCAACUGUUAAAAGAUGUAUCUAUUGCCUUAAUACAAUUGAUAGAUCCUGGAUUUGAAUUAGUUUUCAAGUUAAGCAAAUUGGGCUCCAAACUAUUCCACAAGAUGUAUAACACUAUGAUUCAAAAAAUUCCAAAGAUUUCAAUGAAUAAAAAUCUAAAAUUGCUAUUAACAACUAUGUUAAAAAAGCUGAAUACUAAUAUAGAACUACCAAUCACAACUAAUGGUCUGAUGCCAAAGGUUCUGCAUGAAGAGAAGAAUUAUAAACUCUUUUUACAUUAUUAUCCCGGCGGUGAACACUUUUUUGGACCAAAAUUCAUAUCAUCAUUUGAAAAUACUGCAGAACUAAGAACCAUUGAAGGCAAUCUAUUACCAGUUCCCGUGUUGCCAAUAAAAGAUAACAUGAACAAAAUUUCCUAUCGUGUAUAUAAUCCAGAAACUAAUGAAAUUUCUAAUUUGAAAUUUGAAAUGGGAGAAAAUGAUCUACUCCGAAGUAACAUGCCUUACCUUAAUUCAAAUGCAGAUAGGAAAAUAAUACCCACACUACCGGAAUCUGAACAACCUGCUAUAAAAGGAAGUUUGCCAACUGAUAAUAUUAAUUCAACAUCAAAUGGAUUAAAUUUGGAAAUUUCGAGGGCAACUGGACAACAUAUUGUUAAAAGAGAAUUGCCAACUGAUAAUAUUCCGUCUACUUCAAAUGGAACUUCAGAAGAAAGCUUGUCAGAAUUAAGUCAUUUUUAUAGUCGUGGAUUAGGUGAUAACAUUAGGGCUAGAUUUAUGUUUGGUGAUAUUGAGUAUGGGAAAAUUUUAUUAGCUAUAAAAGAUUUAAAAUAUGGAAAUUUUGCUAAUUUAUACAAAAAUAAAGUAAAAGUUUUAUUAAUAAAAAAGAAUUUAGAGAAGAUACGAAGCAUUCAAGACAUAGUGAAGCAUAAAAUGCCAAGACACUUGUAUUUUAGUCAAACAUUAAAAGAACAAAAUAUUGUCAAAUAUUUGAAGCAACUGAAAGGAAAGGACUUUUAUUUUAAUGAUAUUACCCUUUUGACAGAUAUUCCACAUGGUGAAAUUAAACUUCUUAAUAAGGUAUCGGCGAAUCCGUUAAAAACAGAAGUUCAGUAUCAAAUAAAAAUUAAUUCUCAAUAUAGACUUGUUGAUUUGGCGGAAUUUGAAACGGGUUUUAGAAACCAAUUUGUUGUUUUUCCAGAACUGGAAUUUACAGUAGAAAAUACUGAAUUCGUAAAUGGAAAAGAUUUCUUACUUGUUGAACUAAAACAAAAGCCAAUAUUGGAAUCCGAUUGGUUGCAAAAUAGAAAGAACUAUGAUAUUUUACUUCAAAAUAAAGAAAUAACUACAUAUGAAAGAAGUGUAAAUAUUGAAAAUGCAGCUAAUCUUAUCUCAUUAAAUACUCCUCUGCAUAGAUUAACUGAAAUGGAAGAAAUGUUAAAAGGUUACAUUUUAAGAAUCGAUCCAAUUGAAACUCGUGUUCCUACUUAUGAAAUGUUGGCAAAGGAAAUAAAUACACGUAUUACACCUUCUGAAAUAUUUAACGAAUGGAAAAUAACGAAUCAUAUUUUUAUUGACGAUGUACUAUUUGAAAAGUCUUUAUAUCAGGUAAAAAAUUUGGAAGAUGCGAAAAAAACAAUAGCCAAUAUUUUUGAUAAGACAUAUGAACAGAAUGUUGAAUCUGUGUUUGAAAUUUUUAAUUCACAUUCAAAUGAGCAUAAUAUGCUAUUUGAGGAUUAUUAUGUAUGGUAUUCACAUUUAAAGGGAACUUUACCAUCAAGUCUACAUGCAAAUACAAGACUUAAUGCUGCAUUAAACAGAUUGGCUCUUAGACAGUGUGAUGAUAAAUUUAUUCAAUUUCCAAGUACCCUUUAUUUUGCUAAGAAAUAUGAUGGUGAUAUUAGUCAAAGUCUUGAAAAUAUUCCAUUUUAUUCUAAUGUAAAAGAUGCUUUAAAAAAUACUCACAGAACUAACUAUGUUGAUAAAAUACUAUUGUUGGAAUUAAAAUUUAAAAAUUCAUUUGGAAUAGCGUACAUUGAUCCUAAUUAUUUCAAUGUUCCCAAGAAACUGUAUUAUCUUACUGAUACAAUAAAUUUUAAUAUUCUUGGAAAAGUGGAGUAUGAAAAAGAAAAUAUUAUGAGAGUAAUAUAUAACGAUGUUGAAAUUCCAAAAGAAAAAAGAAUGAUUAAAUUAGUAAAUAAUUUAAAUACAUUAUUUUCAAGUGAUACUAAAUUUUACGCUGAUCGAAAACCAAUUGUUAGAGGAGGUUUACCAACUGAUGAUAUUCCGUCAACUUCGAAGGGAUUAAAUUUUCAAAAUUCGAUGAAAAAUGGACAACCAAUUGUUAGAGGAGGUUUACCAACUGAUGAUAUUCCGUCAACUUCAAAGGGAUUAAAUUUCCAAAAUUCGAUGAAAAAUGGACAACCAAUUGUUAGAGGAGGUUUACCAACUGAUGAUAUUCCGUCAACUUCAAAGGGAUUAAAUUUCCAAAAUUCGAUGAAAAAUGGACAACCAAUUGUUAGAGGAGGUUUACCAACUGAUGAUAUUCCGUCAACUUCAAAGGGAUUAAAUUUUCAAAAUUCGAUGAAAAAUGGACAACCAAUUGUUAGAGGAGGUUUACCAACUGAUGAUGUUCCGUCAACUUCAAAGAUAUUAAAGAAUUUACGGAAAGAAUAGGCUCGAAAAAGAAUACCGAAUAAAGUUGGAAAUUUUUUCGAGUCAUUAUCAAAGUCACGGAAUAUUAAAACUGAAUUUUAAAUGUCAAUAAAAUUAUGGUUUAGCGAUGCAUCAGUGAGAUGAUCCCAUGUUACAAGAAAUUGGAGAAUUUAAGAGGAAAAAAAUUUUUAUUUUAAUAAUCUUACCUUUUUGUACUUAUAUAUAUAUAUAUAUAAUCUUAAAUUCUGCUCUAAUGAUAUUAAAAUUUUUCGAUAUUUUCAAAAUGUAACGAAUUUAUUAUUAUAUUGAACUUGUUUUUAUCUGUUUAAAAAAUUUAGCCUGAUGAGGUUGGCAAACCUUAUCCAACGAAACAUCGCUCUUUUGACGAUACACUUUUUGAAUUUUUAUUUAACUUUUACCUUUCCAUCGUUUACUUUAUUAACUUUAACCAAUUAAAUAAUUAUUUAAAUAUACAAUAUUAAUGUGGAAUAAUAAUCUUAACAUAUAUUAACUAAUUAAAUAAAAACUAAUAAUUAAAUAUAUAUUAAGUAAUUCAUAAUUUGAAAAUUAAAUUUCUUAUACCGCAAAUCAAACUUUUUGGUUGCUACCAAGAAAUUGUAUGUUUUGUUAACGUAUUAUUAAAGUUGUUAUUAUUAUAAUA